CUCAGUGGUCAUCAGGGAAAUUUUGCCGACAUGUUUGCCCAGAUUGUAGCUCUUACUAUUCUAUUUGCCUGCGUAUCGGCAGGAUAUAUAGGAUAUGGAGGACACGAGGAACAGUUGGUAUAUACAGCACCUGUCGUCAAGCCUGAAGUAGAUUAUUACGCCCAUCCAAAAUACGAAUUCAAAUAUGGCGUGGAAGAUUUUCACACGGGCGACUACAAAACCCAGGAAGAAUCAAGAGACGGUGACGUAGUAAAGGGUUCAUACACCGUUGCCGAACCCGAUGGUACAUUGAGGACCGUCCAUUACACUGCUGACCAUCACAACGGGUUCAACGCGAUAGUGACCAAGACAGGCAAAGCAGUACAUCCUAGUCACUAUAACACGUACGACGAGCAUUAUUAUUCAAACAGGUAUCAUUCUAUCAACAUCAUGUUCUCCAAAAUUCUUUCCGUGGCUGCUUUGGUAGCUGUAGCCCAAGCUGGCCUCCUAGAAUACCCUCACGGCCAUGCUUCAUCGUACUCCUCCAUUGCUGCCGCCCCUGUAUAUUCCCACGCCGCCCCAGUCUACUCUCAUGCCGCCCCUGUAUACUCCCACGCCGCCCCAGCCUACGCCCACGGACACGAAAGCGUAGACUACUUUGCCCACCCCAAAUACGAGUACAACUACGGAGUUCAAGACCCCCACACUGGUGACCACAAGACCCAGCACGAAGUACGUGAUGGUGAUGUUGUAAAGGGUUCCUACAGCGUUGCUGAACCUGAUGGUACCUUGAGAACCGUCCACUACACCGCUGACGACCACAACGGUUUCAACGCUGUCGUUGAGAAAUCCGGACACCCUGUACAUCCCGCUCCAGCUAAGGUUGCUUAUGCUGUCCCAGCUGCUUAUGCUGCCCCAGCUCAUUACUACCAUCAUUAGGGUUUUGUAGUGAAUUAGAAGACAGAAUGCCAUUUUUGUAUAUUAUAAUGUACUAUCUGUGAAAA